CGUCGUCAUCCUCCAAAUAGAGCCAUAGCCUGUGUCGGUCCCGGCUAUAGGAAAAAACAGAGCGGCGCCUACCCCAAACACGUGCAAUCUCCUCUUCAUCAACCCAUAUCUCUCUCUCGCUCACACAGGAAGGAGGAUUACAAACGUGGAGCAAAUCAUCGUCGGGGGAAUUUGACGUCGCCACUCUAUGCUUCGUCUCCUCCAUCUCUAAACCCUAGCGAGUUUACGCUUCCAAUCAAUACCUUUUUUGUACCAGGAAUCUGAAGAGGAAUCAAUGGAAAAGGGGGAUAUUCAAGAGAAAUUUCAAAAGAGAUCACUACCGUUGCUGGAGUUUGUUGGUUGAGGUUGCUGGAUGAAUACUAUGUGAAGUGAAGUGGAGGAAUCUCUACGGUGCAAACAAUUGUUAAACUAUUCCUAACAGGUAAGUCUAUGGACAGGGAAUUGGGAGAUGCAUCGCGUGGCCCAACACAAAGAAUGGAUGCCAGGAUCGUAAGCAACAAAAAUAAGUUACCCAAAAAUUACUUAGUUGCUAUGGCCUCUGAGCACUUCAGGGCAAAGGCUUUGAAGUGCAUUAAAUCAGUUAAUAAAUGUUUACGAACUAGCGGAGCUGUGAAUAAUGUGGCUAUGUUUUUCAUUACGACGGUGGCACUAGAAGUUCUGAGGAGAUUUUCGAAGUCAAAGUGUCCUUUCAUUUGGAAUAGUCUUCAGGCAUUACAAGCUUUAUGCUAUCCGCCGUUUAAGUGGAUGCAGAGAUGGAUUCCUUUCAAGCCUCUAGCCAAAGGAAUGCAGAAAAUCUCUGGACCAAUGUUAUUUCUUUCAGUAGCAACACUUUUCUCUGAUGAUUCUUCACCAAAUCAAGAUGCAUUGUGGAAUCCUAAUGUUUCUCAAACACCUGAAUCUCAGUUGCAGCAUGCAACUCACAACUCUUCAGAGGCAAGCAUUCAUCACAACGGACCCGAUAAUCGCCUUUCUGAGAAUUGGUUGCUUGACCUCCAUAAUCAGCUCAGAAUGGAAGACAUUACUCUACCUCAAAGGCUCAAUGAUGAUUACCUUCACCGCUUUUAUGCAUCUACUAAAUAUGAUUACCAAAGGACGUUGUCAUUGGUCAAGAAGACAAUUCAAUGGAGGCAGAGUUACAAUUUUCUAUCAUCACAAGAGCUAAAUGCAUGGUCUAAUUUGGUCUUUUGGCAUGGAUAUGAUUCGAAGAAACUUCCUUGUCUCAUCAUUCGCCUUGGACUUGCUUGCUCCAACCUCAAAUCCAGUGAGAGGGAUUUUUUUGCAAAAGUUAUUGUUUCACAGAUAGAACAUGGAAUUGUGAGCUUUGUUGAUAUGGAGCAUCCUCAGAUUGUGGUGUUGAUGGAUUGUGAUGGACUGUCACCUCUUGGGUUCCCUCUCCAGAUGAUGAGAUCUUGUGCCACCCUUCUCCAAGACCAUUACCCUAACCAUCUUUAUCUACUACUGCUCAUACGCAUCCCUCGAGUUGCCCAUGUGGUAAUGCGAACAUUUCUCCAGGUUUUGAGACCAGCCACGAGGAAGAAAGUGGAGAUCAUAGGAAGGAACUACGAGGAGUAUCUCUCAAAGAAGCUGGAGCAGGUCCCUUCUUUCCUUGGCGGGAAUUGCCCGUGCUCAAAAUGUUCCCCUCCCGAGAAUGCAGAUGUUGCAGUCCAAGAAAUCCAGUCGACAGGCUCUCCCGCUUCCCAUAGCUCGAAUGACGAAAAUGCCCCUGAACUUCAGGCUCAUACCGUCUCUUACGUAAGUCCUAGGUGUUAUCCUCUGAGAAAGGAACCCCUUAUAAAGCUCAUCAUCACAGGUGUAGUUAUGCUUUGGAUCUUAGUUGCCAUCAUUUUGGGAACCCAAUAUCCAGAAGAUUAGGUACCUUCUUCUGUGUCUACUGGAGAAUCCUUAUUAGGGUUUUCCAUAUAUUCUUCUUGUAAUGAUUAACAACAUAUUGAGAUUUCUAUAACCACUUGUUAGAAUUUAGAAUUGAUAAAGUGCUAUGUGAGGAAGGGGCUAUCAUUGUAAUCUUUUCACCAAUUUCAUCUUUAGCCAAAACAUUACUACUAAUGUUUUAAAAAGAAGGGUGCAGUUCUUUAGACACUAGUUA